AGCUACCCUGUACCUUCGAGAAGCCAAAGAGGUUGUACUAAAAAGCUGUACAAAAGACGUUAUUCUACUGAUGGCGGACAUAAAUAAAUAUUUUCUUAUAACCUUUACAGAAAGUACGACCCACAUUAAAAAUAGAUAAAUGGAUGGAAUGUAUGGAUUUGUAUCCAUACUAGCAUUCUACAUGAAACAGUUAAAUAGUACUAAAGUACGCAGCUACAUUUUUUCUUUCAUCGAAUCAUCUUGUUCAGUUCUGUCAUCACAUGCGUAUCCGACGGAUUACAUUCGUAAACUUUUAUCGACAAAUACAAUCUGGUGGAUCUGGGGUAUUGUUUUAUAUUGUUUAUGAAUUCCGUGCACUGUAAGCCCGUUUAAAAUCAUAUCAAACAGUGAAUGGUGCGGAAUGGAAUCUAACUUAAAUAAAGUCCUAGGCAUGAAUCGUCAGCAACUCAGUGGUCAGCUGUACAAGUACACAAACGUAGUGAAAGGCUGGCAGUAUCGUUGGUUCAGUGUAGAUGCGCAGGGCGGACUGCUAAGCUACUAUCUGUGUGAACCGGCCGGAGAAGAUUCGAACGCCCACAUCGUCGGUAGUGCUCCUCGCGGCCAGGUACACCUGGCCGGAGCAGUAAUUUGUCCAAGCGAUGAAGACUCUAAAACUUUCACCGUGAACUGCGCCUCCGGAGAUAUGCUGAAAUUGCGGGCAGUAGAUGCUCGGGCCCGCCAAGAAUGGGUUGACGGGUUACGGGCAGUAGUUGAAAGUCAUUCGAAUUCUGCUGGAACUGCACUUCCACCGCGCGAUCAACUGGCAGCACACGAUGCGUUCGGUGCGGCCAGGCAACAGUUACAGCAGACGGAACUCAGCAAUGCCGCACUCGCACGUGCCAUAGAAAAUUUGAACGGUCCGGUCUCGAACACUGAUCCGGAUCUGCUCAUGGUGAAAGCAGUGUCCGCCGCUAGUACGCACUGCUUGCUCCAGUGUUUGGGCCUUUUGCAAAGGCACCAGGAACUAAUGCCCGACCCAAGACUGGAGCAAAGUUUCUAGCCCAAGCGUCCCUUGUCGCGUGAUGGAUGUAAUAGAAAUUCCUACUGAAUGAAGGAGGAUGCCGCUUGAUAAACAAUUUUGAGAUAAAAGUGCUAUGUAACGGUUACCCUGCCGUUCCAUUUUCUCGGAUACAUUUCUCAUGUUAAUGAUGGGCAGUUAAACGUGUAUAUGCAAACCAACCAGAUUGUUUCUAAUAAUUUAGACCUCGAAUAUGGAUGUAAAAAAAUUAAGUACAGAAAAGGUAGAUAAUUAAAUGUGCAAUGUGUAACAUACUUGUUAAGAAUUACUAUUCCUUUCUAAUUUUUAGAAUUAUAUUUCAUUAGGAUGUAAUCUCUUGUUAAAUAAUAAAAUCCCACAAUAAUAGCUCUCAA